CUUAUAAAAUAAUGGCUGAUGAAUCUAAACAAGGUGAUAGUAAAAUUUUUUUAAUAUGUUUUAUUUAUUGGAAUUCAAAUACAAGUUUUCUACAAGCAACUUUAUUAGAAAUAAAAGAUUUAUUAAAUUGUAGUGGAUCUACUAUUGCUAAUCUAGUUGUUGAAACUUGUAAUACUUAUAAAAUAAAUUAUAAAAAAUGUUUUACUUGGAUAACUGACAAUACUGCCUAUAUGUCAGAUUAUAAAGGUGGUGCUGUUACAUUAUUUAAUAAUAAAACAUCAUCAAAUUUAUUUUGA